AUGAUGACACCUCUUCCACCCACACUCACACUCAACACUUCGGGAUCAUCCCCUUCAUCGAAUCGUACUCGAACUCCCUCUACGUUAUCCUCUUCAGAUCAGAAUCAUGGCUCUUCUGGUGUGGAAUUUCAAAGUAUGAUGGAUAGUAUUAGUGAUAUCGAAAAUGAAACCAGUGUCUAUGUGAGUGAUGGUGCUUUUAUUGAACAAUUAUUAUUGAGUCAACAACAUAAAGGACUUGGACGAGCUUCUCCAUUGAAUUAUCAAAGACAAAAACGAAAAACUUCUACACCAAAGAGUUCUUCAUCGAGCACAACGACGUCUGGUAAUCAUGACAAGAAAUCAAAAGGACUCACUUCAACUUCUUCCUUUAAAGAUAAAGUCUUUUCAACCAUAAAAAAGGGUCUCGAACAAGUCAAUGCUGUUGCAACUACGGGAAAUACCUCGAAUAAUAAUAGUAAUAGUAGUAAUAGUAGUAAUAGUGGUAGUAAUAGUAAUAGUAAUAGUGGUAGUAGUAGCACUACAAGUAGCAGUGGAAAGAAUAGUAGUGAUCAUCAUUCAUCAUCUUCAACAAUGAAUAAUGAUAAUCAAGUUUCAAUUUCUAUUAAUGAUACUUAUCAAUUGAUGGUUGUUUUUGAUUUUCAUUUAUUUGCUACUGGAGAUGAAAGUAUUGAAAUUCAUUUUGCCAUGUAUUCAUUGAAUGAGGCUCGUUUCAUUAGUGAAAGUAUUGUCAUUUCAAGUGACAGUGGUAAGAACAGAAUUUCAUUAUUUCGAGAUAUUACAGGAAGUAAUUUAUUGAAAGAUGAAUUGUAUUUGGUAGGAAGAGCAUUUAGAAAAUAUGAAUUGGGUCAUCAGAAUUCUAAUAGUUCUGGUAGUAGUAGUACCAACUCUUCAAAAAAUCUCUCUAUUCAUAGUUCUAAUAAUAAUAAUAAUAAUAAUAAUACAGAUGAUUUAGAUAUUGAUACUUUGAGAAGACCACUCGCAGUAUGUGCCAUUCCUUUCGAUACAGAAAGUAUCAAAGAAUUAGCCAAUGGUCAUUCUGUAACCAAAUAUUGUGAAUUUUAUGAAAAGACUCAUGAAAAGAAAUUCACCAUGUUACACGCAGUGAUUGCAGCUCAACACAGUGGAAGAAAACUCAAUGCCAAACCAACUUAUUUAUUAGAGCAGGAUGAUCAUCAUGCUCCAUCAUGCUCUUCAAAUACUUCUAGUACUACUACAACUACAAAUACAACAAACAUGUCAAGUAGUAAUUCUUCCUUACUCUCUGCAAGUAAUAAUUUAGAAAAUUCAAAUGAUAUCAUUGACUUUGCAACGUUAUUAUCAGGAAAUCAAAAGGAUACUUCUCUAGCCUCACUCUCUCGAAAAGGAUCCAUGGUUGGAACUCAUUCACCGAACUCCAUGACUUCCUUGAGUAGUACUGCAUUGGAUUCAUCCAGUGGUAGUAGUAGUAGUAUUGGUAGCAAUAGUAGUGGCAGUGGUUCCAAUCUUCUCUCAAGUCAUUCCUCGAAUCAUUCACUUGUUUCUGCUGCUUCGAGUCAUGAUUCAACAUUGGUUCAGAGUGCACCAACUUCACUCUAUACCUAUACUUCAAUUGGAAGUGAAUGUAAGGCUUUGAAAGAUCAAUUGAAUGUGAAUCUUGUAUUCUAUAAGGGUGAUUAUGAUGUCAUUAUGAAAGAAGUUCCACAAUUUCAACGUUUAUUUACAGCCAAACCCAUCAAUUGGUUCUCAAUCAAUACCAAGAAUGAAGCCAAAACCAAUUAUUCAUUUUUAGAGAAUCGAUGUGAUAUUUAUCCAUGUUUGGAUCGAGCUACUUUAUCAAGUUCUAUUUUGAAAUCGAAAAAUCCACUCAUUGUCAUGCGAUUAUUUGAAGUGAAAAAUCCACAAACGAAGGAAGGUAAAUUUAUUCCCAUUUAUAGAACCAAUGCAGGUGGUAGUAGUAUGAAUCAUAGUACGACAAAGAGAAGUAAUAGUGGAUUAAUCCAUACUGCAGGUGGAAGUUCUCAUCACUUAUUGACUCCCAUCCAAUCGAGUUCCAACUUUGGAAGUUCAUCCAAUUUGACUGCCAGUCCAGGAGAGAAUGGUUCAUCAUCAUCUUCACCCAAUUCUUAUCCAUUGGGUUCUUCAUUCACUCAACAACAACAAGACAACAACAACAACAAUAUGCACAUGAAUGGUCCCUUCUAUUAUUCAAGUUAUGUCUUUUGCAAGAAAACCAAUCCCAAAUAUUUUGAACCCUUUCACAUUGAUGCUUCACAUGUUGAAAAUUUCGAUCAUCUCUAUUUAUAUUUAUAUGUCUAUAAUGUGAAUACGACGAACAAAUCAAAAUAUGAAUUAGAAGAACAACCUGUCUUGAUUGGGUAUUACAAGUUUACAGAUCAAGAUUCACUCAUGAAUUUUGAAAAGAUGAAAUUAAUUGAAUUGUACAAGACUAAAUCAUUGAGUCAUACGAGUAGUAGUACAAGUAAUAGUAAUACAACUACUACAACUACUACUUCUGGCAAUUCAAAUACUACUACUUCUACUUCUACUACUACUGGCAACACGAACCACUCGGAUCAUCAUCCUUACUCUUCAGAUUCCAUGAAAACAUUGAAUCGAACAAAUACGAUAGUGACUUCACGUACCAAUGUUCUUGCAGUAUUACCAGAUUUGAAAAUGAGCAAACCAGAAAAGAACAAUAUCAAAAUGAGUAUCAUCUUUUUCAUUUCCUCCAUUCCUCAUUCACAUUUAUUACAAAUUCUAUUUUUAUGGAAACAAUUUAUUUUGAAAAAUGUUUCCAUGAUGGAAUUAUUGGAACAAGUGAAAAAGAAAAUCACAUAUAAGGAAUGUGUUCUACAUGCUCAUAACUUGUUCAAGUCAUUAUUUUCAAUUUUAGAAUUCUAUGAUGAACAUGAAGAAAUUCGAAACAAAACUCUCGAAACUCUCUUUUAUUUCAUUGGACAAUACUUUUCCAAGACUGAACAAUUGUUUGAACAAAUUGUUUCAAAAAUUCCAAUUAGUGAAAAGGUCUAUCAAUCGAUUUUAAAACAUUUAAAUGAUCGAUUCCAAGAAUCCAUUACAAGUCUUGAAUCUAUUUUAAAAGAAUUCAACUCGAGAUCGAGUACUGAAAUGCGUUCAAGUGUUGGCAAUUCAACCAUUCCAGAUACUCAUUACAAAUCCUUGUAUCAUGCCAUUCAAUCCUUCUCUCUCGUUAUGAUUCUCCUUAAAAAGAGACACUUUUCACAAGAAAAGAAAAAGAUUACUUCAUCGUAUCAAAAAGAAAAACAAUUGAAAGAAAUUCAAGAAUUUAAAGAACAAUUUCAUAGUCUUGUUGCCAAGUUAUUAGCCAUUUUCAAUUUAGAUGGAAAGAAUGUUCCAAAUAUUGCCAUCAUUAAGGGAAAUUUGAUGAAAAGUCUCACUGUGAGCGUUUUUGAUAUUUUACAUGACAUGUUACCACAGAGUCACUUUUCAAAUUUCUUAAAAAGUUUUUUUGAAAGUACAAUGUCCAUUACACUCACUGAGAAGUUUAAUGUUUAUUCCAAUAUAUUGAAAUGUAAAUGUUUCAUUCAUUCAAGUGGUAGUAGUUCAAGUGUUGGUUCAAGUGGUAAUAGUAGUACUCUGAAUCAACAACAAUUUGAUCAUUUCGAUGGGAGUGGUAGCAAUAGUAGUAAUGGAGGUAUUGGAAAUAAUGAAAGUAUGAGUCGUACAGGUAGUAGUGGUGGUAUCCUUUCUCUCUCAGUCAUUCAUUCAUCGGCCAUUUCACAUGUAUUACAACAGAAUACUCGAUAUGAAAUUGUGGAUGUGAUUAUUUUGAAAAUUCUCUUUCCAAUGAUUCGAGAAUCUUUAAAGUCAUGUCUCGAUGGAACAAUGAAUCAAAACAAUACUACUACUACUACUACUACGAAUAUGAACAAUACAACUACCUCCAUAUCGAGUAGUAAUAACACUCAACAAACUCUCAAACAUUACUUGACACUUUUAACACAAAUUGGAAGAUUAUUCGAAAUGACGUUACUCAAUCUUUUGAGUGAAAACAAUGAAGAAGUAUCUAUUCCAACACAAUUGAUCAUGCUCUUUGAACAAUUAUGUCAAUUUGGACCAACGCUCUACCAGUUAGACAUGUCACUGGCCAAUGAAAGUAAGAAGUAUUUGAAAGAAAUGUCAAAUGUCAAUUCAGAUUCUUCAUCAAAAUCGAAAAUAUCUCUCGAUCAAUUAUAUACCAACAACAUGGAAUUGAGAAAGAAGAUUUAUUCACUCUACUAUGUGAUUAUUUAUUGGUGUUCAACGUUACAGAAUUUUGAAUUAUUUAAUCAAACGAUGAAUUAUUUAAAAAAGAAUUCUAAAGAUAGCACAAGUGUCUUCACAUCCAUCUUGUUGAACAUGAUCAAUUGUACAUUGAAUGGAGGAGAAUUUGGUGACAAGUCUUGUUAUCCUUGUGUGAAUCCAUUGGUUUCAGAAAUUGAAAUGUUUCGACCUUUCCAUAAAAAGAGAGUGAAGGACAUUUUUGGAUUUUUACAAUAUUUACAAAAGCAAGAAAAAGAAGCUUCCAAGAAUGUAUUUGUAGAUGGUAACUUGUUGAUUGAGAGUUUAUGUUUGGCAUCCUUCUCAAGUAUUCUUGAAUCCGAAACCAGAAUUACCAUAUUUAGAAACAUGACCGAAUACUAUUCGACUCGUGAACAAGUCUCCAAGUUCAACAACACUCCUAUCACUCCUCUGAAUGUACAAAAAUUCAUUGAAACCCUAUUCCUCAUCUUUUCCUCAAACACAUCUCUGAAACAAAACAACAACUCGAUUAUUACCACUCCUACACCACAACGACAACAAAGAAUUCAUUAUUUAUGGAAUGGAGUGAAUUUGUGUGUAGAAAACUCUUCGUUGAGAAUUCACUUUCAAAGUGGACAAACGUCUCAUCAAGCAGAUAUUCAAUUGGUUAUUAAGAUAUUUAAUCAAUUGGAAUUGAAAAGGAAAAAUCAAAAACUUGGAGAAGCUCAAUCACCACAAAAGAAGGCUAAAAAGAAUGUACUAGCAGAUCGCUAUGAAAUUUUGAAAAAGAUUGGAAAGGGAGGAUUUGGAAGUGUUUUUAAAGUAUGUGAUUUGAAUAGUGAAGAUAAAAAGAUACUCGCCAUGAAAAUUCUACCAAAAGAAGAAGGCAAUAAUGCAGAAUUCAUUCAAAUGUCCAAACUCAAUCACAAACACAUUCUUCCCGUCUAUGAAAUCUUUGAAACCAAAUUAGGAAAUUAUGACAAGUGGUGUUUCACAAUGCCUUUCCUUGAAUUGGGUGAUUUCCAGUCAUACUUGUUGAAUUUGAAAUCUAAUUUACCAAUUAAGAGAAUUCUCAAUUUUAUGGAUCAAAUGUUAUCAUGUAUUGAAUACAUUCAUGGAAGAGAAGUUUAUCACAGAGAUAUCAAACCAGAGAAUUUCCUUUUAAGGACAGAAGACGAAGUCGUAUUGAGUGAUUUUGGUCUUUCCAAAGGUGAUGUUGAAACCGUAGUGACCAAGACAAGUAUUGUUGGAACUGAAUUAUUUCAAUCUCCAGAAUUGUUUGCAGGUGAUGUGAAAGAUGUCUCUAAAACAGAUAUUUAUGGAUUGGGAUGUGUGUUUUAUAUCAUGAUUACACGUGAUUUUCAAACAACUGUUCGAAUUUCCAUCAUGAGUAAUGGAGGUAAAGAAAUUCGAGAGAAAUUAACACAAACAUUGUGUGGUAAUAAUAAUCAUGAGAAUAACAAGACGACGAAUAGUAAUAAUGGUAAUACUAGUAGUAAUAAUAAUAGUAGUAACAAUACUAGUAGUAAUAAUAAUAGUAGCAGUGGUAGUGGUAGCAGUGGUAGUGGUAGUAAUACGACUCGACAAGAUCAUGCUUCAUUGAAUAUUCAAGCUCUGAUUGAUUUUGUCAUGAUCAUGUUGGAUAAGGAUUAUGAAAAGAGACCAUCAGCAAGUGUAGCAAGACAAGUAUGGUUGGAACAAAAGAUUGGUUACAAGACAACUACUAUCGGACAAUAG